AUUGAUUGAAUGAUCUAUUCAAUUAAUCAAUAUUUCAGCCUAACUAUUUCAGUAAUCUUCCCCUAAGGAUCAGGGAAAUACACAAAGUAUUAAGUACACACAUAAUAACAAGUAUUUAAGGUUGAGUAUCUGUUAAAGACACAAAUAUGAAAUAGGGUUAUCAAUAAAUAUCAAUAUCUGAAUCUAACAGCAGCAGGAUCGAGCAUCCAUCCAGACUUUGACACAUCUCCUCUGGUGCUCACGUUGUAAACAAACACCCUCCUCCUUUUGUCAUCCAUUCCCAUUGUCAGAGUCUGGAUAUGACCUUUUCUCUCCCCUCUCUGACUCUCACCGCUUGUAGCCUUUUCUUAUCCUCCCUUCUUUCUUUCAGUAUCGAAGACAAGCUGUUACUCUGUCCCUGCGGGCCACUCCCUCACUUGUCUGCUCCUCUUCCCUCCCCCCCUGCCUCCCUCUCUCCCCUGCUCUCAUUCGUCCUCCCUUUCCCCACCUGUUGAAGCAAUUGUUGCACAGACAUAUUGUUGUCUUCUCAUUUUUUUAUGUCACUCACGAGGGCUCACGCCCCUUUCCACGCUCUUUUUCCUCCCCCAUGUGCCACUCCCUCUCACUCUCUCCCCGAUGGGUAUAAAAGUCAGAGGCGAUGGUUAGGGAGGGGUAUUCAUCACAGCACCACAGGAAGGCAACACAUCUUCGACAAGGAAAAAGGGUUUCCCAGCUUGUUCACCUGAAGUAAACCAAGCUUCCUCGGGUGACAGAGGGACAAUAUUGCCGCUUCCUUCCUUUACCAAUUGGAGUAAACAAGUUCAUAUUUGACCCAGCAGUCUGUACAGAUGGACAGAGGCAUGUCUCUGUGGUGUGAGGAGGUGGAGAACGACAAGAGUCAGGACCACAGCCAGACUGAAGCACAAGCCCAGGGCGGAUACAUGGUGGGCUCCUCUCAGCUGCGAGCCGGCUGGGACCCCACUGUGUCCGGGCAUCGUGUGAUCCAGAGGUUGCUUCAGGUGGAGGAGAGGUACAUGCCCUCCAUACUUUACAUCACCCUCAUCCAGCGGGAGCCAGAGCGCAGGGAGGAGCUCGCCAAAUGGGCCCUGGAGGUGUGCUGUGAGGUUGGCUGUGAUGAGGCAGUGUUCCCUCUGUCUGUCUCUCUGAUGGACAGGUUCCUGUCGGCCUCUUUGUCUCUGCCUGUCUCGCCAUACUGCCUGGCUGCAGGCUGCAUCCUCAUCGCCUCCAAACUCUCAGAGUGUGAAAGCGUCACUGCUGAUACUCUCUGUGCCGCAGCUGAGUACAGCUUCGUGCCUUCAAACUUGCGGGAGAUGGAGCGUCUCAUCCUCGCCACCCUCCGAUGGGACACAGCAGCAGUGACUCCGCAGGACUUCUUCCCACAUUUCCUUGCCUCUGUGGAGGAGCGAAGAGAUGGAGACAGCGGUGACUCUGAGAAGGGGCUGCUGCUCUCCACCCUGCGGCGGCACAGUGACACGCUGGCCGCCAUGUGUGCGUGUGACUCCCGCUUCCUGGGAGCACCACCGUCCCUUGUUGCUGCAGCGACACUGAACUGUGCUCUGCGGGGCUUGGGCAACAAGAGCCCGGCUCAGCUGGCUGUCAUAUGUGCGGCACUAGCGGAGCUCUGCCAGGCUGACCUGGCAUUGCUACAGUGCUACAGUGACAUGAUCGAAUAUGGUCUCCGACAGCGGCUGAGGAGCGGGCUGCAGCAGGGCCCCAUGGAGAAGGAAGAGGAGGUGGAGAACGAAAGACCCGGGACCCCUACUGACCUGAGAGAGAUUGAUUUUUAAACACUGGAUCGACUUUUACAUUGAAAGUGUGAAUCGGUCAAAAACCUAUCAAAGUGUAUCAGUCAAACUGAUAUAUAUUGAACAUGACCUCGAAAUGCUCUGACCUGUUUUGAUAUUUUAAAAUUAUCUUUUGAGUGACUAUUAAUUUAUAAUUUAUUGUUUAACUUCACAUGUGCCAUAUUUUAUUAUCUAUUUCUAUUUGUAGGCAUAGAUGUUAUUUUGAUGCAUAAUAUUUAUAUAUUUUAUUUAUUAUUAAGUUAAAUUGUUGGCUCUUUUGAUGUUAAUUUAUUUCAAC